CAAUAUUUGCAAACGCUUUUAAUAAAAGAACCGCAACCAACUUAACAACCAUUCUGACAUUUGAACUUGACAGAAUCGAGUUUUGCCAAAAAUUUUGGAUUUCUUAUUCCACAUCGCAAGUGCUUAAUUUGAAUUGAAAUAAAGAUGCUAUCCCAAUCUAUUCUAUCUGGAGCUCGUAUACUGCGAACGGAAGCGAAACGCAGUAUAGGUAUUAUGGCACCCGCUCUCAACAAAGUCUCUGAUCCUAUACAGCAAUUGUUUUUAGACAAAGUGCGUGAAUACAAACAAAAAAGCGCAGGCGGAAAAAUGGUUGAUCCCAAUCCAGAAAUUGAACGCGAACUAAAGAACGAAUUGGAACGCGUUGCCAAACAGUAUGGCAGUGAUGGCAAAACAGACAUGACUAAGUUCCCAGAAUUUAAAUUUCCGGAAGUUAAACUUGAUCCCAUUAACCAAUCCGUUUAAGUAUAAAAUGAGCUCUAUCUUACCCCAUUUAAACAACGUUAGCGUAAUAUUAAUAGCUUGUGGAUGAGUAAAACGUUCUAAAUAAAAUUAAGCGUUUAAUGGAGUAAA